AUUUCUAUUUCGCUAAAAUUAGGGAACCGGCCUAAGGAAAAAAAUCGUCAGCAAAAAUGGAAUUGGAACUGAAAAAUACACUAUUAAAUGUUUUUGGACACGAAAAGUUUAGAUCAGACAUUCAGAAAAAUGCUAUUUUGACAAUAUCUGAAGGUAAACAAGAUGUAUUUGUGUGUAUGCCAACAGGGGCAGGUAAAUCACUAUGUUAUCAGCUUCCUGCAGUUAUUGCCCCUGGAAUCACAUUUGUUGUCUCCCCACUCAUUGCAUUGAUGCAAGAUCAGCUUGAACAUUUAGACAAAAUUGGUGUGAAAUCAGAAACGCUGAAUUCUAAAAUGACAGUGGAUGAACGCAAGAGAGUUUUAUCAGAUUUGGAGAAAGAAAAACCUAAAACAAAAAUGUUGUAUAUCACACCAGAACAAGCUGAUACUGAUAACUUUAAACAACUCACUGAAAGUCUUAUGAAAAGAAAAUUAGUGAAAUAUUUUGUGAUUGAUGAAGCUCAUUGUGUGUCUCAGUGGGGUCAUGACUUUCGACCUACUUAUCUGAGACUCGGUUAUUUCCGUUCAAAAUACUUGAAAGGUAUACCCUGCAUAGCACUGACAGCAACGGCACCAAAUCAAGUGACAGAUGAUAUUAUAAAACAACUGAGAUUGAAAGAACCCAUUGCAAGGUUCAAACAGAAUGUUUUUCGUCCAAAUUUAUUUUAUGAUGUUAAAAUGAAGGACACAAUAGGCGAUGUGUAUGAAGAUUUGAAACUGUUUGCCCUCAAGGCUCUUGGUGGAGCAGCUGAACCAGGGGAGGAUUGGAAUGACUAUGGUUGUGGUAUAGUGUACUCAAGGACAAGAGAUGGAUGUGAGGAGGUGUCUCACCAUCUGACAAGGAAAGGGAUACCAGCCAAACCUUACCAUGCCAGGCUUAAGAACAAUUUGAGGGAGGAAAAUCAAACAGAAUGGAUGCAAGGGAAAUUUCCAGUUAUUGUUGCUACCAUAAGUUUUGGAAUGGGUGUUGACAAAGCUAAUGUCAGAUUUGUUGCUCACUGGAAUAUACCAAAGUCAAUGGCGGGAUAUUACCAGGAGUCUGGUCGUGCUGGUAGAGAUGGGAAGAGAUCAUACUGUCGACUGUACUAUUCUAGAGAGGACAGGAAUACCGUUGCUUUCUUGAUCAAUAAGGAAGCAAAGAGAUACAAAAAGAAAGAUAAAGAGACAGUUCGUCUGCAGUUGAAAGCUGCCAACAAGAAUUUUGAACAUAUGAUAAGUUACAGUGAAGAGGUCAGAUGUCGUCACUGGAGUAUUAGUCAGUUCUUCGGUGACGAAAAACCAGACUGCAACAAGUCGUGUGACGCUUGCAAGGACCCGAAGAGUGCCGAGAAGAACCUGGCGGAGCUGCAGCGUGGUCUGUUUGCCUCGGUGAACAAGACAAAAGGUUCUGGUACAAUGUACUUUGUUGAUGAAGAUGUAUCAGGAGACAUGUAUGGAGGUGGCAGAAAAGGUGCUAAAAUGGAUACAGAUUCCUAUGACAACCAGUAUGAAAGUGAUGAUGAUCUUGAUGAUUCUGAGGAUGCAAAAGAAAGGAGAGAUAGAAAAGAGAGGACCAAUUUUAUCAAAAAUCAGUUCAAGAAAAGGAAAGGGGAUGUUGAGAGCUGCAGCAGCAAAUCAGAGAGUAAUUUUGUACCUCCUAGUGAAGAUUGCCCUCUUAGAGAUGCUGCUAGUCAAAAAAUACCUAAACUUACAGUAGCUCAAAGAGAGCACUGUAUGUCACUGUUAGAGAAAAGUUUAAUAGAUAAUUAUGUUCAGUAUUACAAAGACAUUCCUGCUAAAAUGGCUGCCAAGGAUUAUGAGCCAAGAUGCUGUGCAAUUGAUCUGGAAUAUGAGAUUUUCAGAGCUAAUAGAUUACACAACAUUUAUAAAGCGUCAGUGAUGAGAUCAGUGUCCGAGAUCAAGAAAUUCACUGCCAUUAAAGAUUUACACCCCUCCUUAGUCCCUAAAUGGUCGUCUACCUCACAGUCAAGUCCCACAAAUAAUGACAACGAUAAACAUAAAUCUAGUCCUUCCACUGAUACAAAUACUGACAAUCUUACAAUCUGUGAUAAUGAAAUUGAUGAGGAAAGUGCUGUUAAAACAAAUGUGAUAGAUAGUGAUAAAGAUAAGACAAGUGAAACAAGUGACAGUGUCCAAAAUACUGAAGAAAAGGACCCCAGUAGUGUUGUAAAUGUUGGGAAAGUAGUUGUUCCAGUCGAAGAGAAACCAGUUAGACCUAAAAUAGUGUAUUUCUUUGAAAGAGGUGAUUCUUUGAAACAAGAAUUAGGUGAAGAAAAUGUAAAUGGAAAGGAAGAUGACAUUGUAGAAAGUUCUGAUAAAAUAGACAGUAUAUCUAGUUCUAAGCAUGGAGUGAAAAGACCCCAUGAUGGAAAGAAUGACAGACAUUUGAAACAAAGGAAGGUAGAGAACACAACUAAACCAUCAUCUAGUGGUGAUGGCAGUAAUGGAGCCAGAUUGAAGGAAUGUGCUGAUAUGGUCGUAAAAUAUCUCACACCUCAUUUUAAAGCUGGACAAAUAGCUUCCAAGGAAUUAUUUAAGAAGACUGCCAAAUUGCUAUCACAUAAAGUUGUGGAGAAAACUAAAGACAAGUCGAAAGAAAAAGUGAAAGAAGUUGUGAAGGUACUGAUAAAGGACUUGCUUAAAAAGCAUCCAAAGAUUACCUCAGAAGACAUGUUGUCGUAGUGAACACAUUUGCCAAAGUGAACACAUUUGUCAUAAAAAUAUCAACUUUGGAGUAUACA